GUGGAGUGAGAGAGGAGGAUGAUGAUGCGCGGUUAUGCGCUGGUGCCUGGUGGAAGUGGAAGAUCAACAGUUUAUCGAAAACAGACGUGAGCUUGACGUGCAAGCAAGAGAGAGACAAACGUUUUAAAGCGUUUUGCAAAGCUUUUUGUAUCCCUGUUGCGUCUAUAAGCACGUGAUAAUUUUUAUUUUAUCGUACGACGUACUCUUGUCACAGCAGUCGUAAUCAUGUCCAAUAAAUUCGAGACCACUUACAGAUUGAAAGCCACAGAAGACAGCGGAGAUGAGGAGUCUCAAGCAAAGGAUAAUCAAAAGGUGGAAAAAGAUUCAUUACCUCCAAUAGAGAUAAGUCCAAAUGAGCAUAAGUUACAGUAUGCUUAUGCACUGUGGUACAGUCGGCGUAGCCCUGGUAAACAGACCAGCAUACAGAGUUAUGAUCAGAAUUUAAAGCUUAUUGGCAGGUUUGCUAGUGUAGAGCAAUUUUGGGGUCUUUACAGUCACUUAGUACGACCGUCAGAUUUGACAACACAUACAGACUUCCAUCUUUUCAAAGUAGGCAUAAAGCCCAUGUGGGAGGAUGAGGCAAAUCAAAAAGGUGGCAAAUGGAUAGUAAGAUUACGAAAGGGUUUAGUUUCUAGAUGUUGGGAAAAUCUUAUAUUGGCAAUAUUAGGCGAACAAUUUAUGGUAGGGGAAGAGAUAUGCGGGGCCGUUGUAUCUAUACGAUUUCAGGAGGACAUAAUAUGUGUAUGGAAUAAGACAGCAUCGGAUGUAACGAUAACAGCGCGGAUCAGGGAUACUUUAAGGAGAGUAUUACAUCUUCCACCUACUGCCUCUAUGGAAUAUAAAACUCAUAAUGAGAGCUUGAAGAAUGUUCAUCGACUUUAAGAGUGUCCAAUUUCGAGAAUAAAACAUAAUGUAGUUUUCCUAACAGACUCACUCAGCUGAUUUAUACUUCCCAGGAGAUCACGCAUUUGACAAGAAAGUAAAUAAGACGUGAAAUGUUAAGAAACAUCUAUUUGACGAUACACUUUGUUCAUAAGUGUCUGUGUUGUAACUUAUGUAAAUAAUGAGUACAUACAUUAAACAUAAAUAAAAUGUCCUUAUAUUGAACAAGAUAUUCAAUAUAAGGAAAGAAUUUGUGGCUA